AAAAUAUGCAAAUAUUUCUGGUCUUUUCUCAAUUGAGCAAUAAGGUGUGAGCAGCAGGGAGGGGCCUGGGAGAUCUGGGCGUCUCUAAAGAAAACACUCAACCUGAAGAAGAAGAUAUAAAGUGAAGCUCCGCGCUCCGAAACUCACACAUCUCAAACAGAGACUCACAGAGACCAGAACCCGAAAAUGUACUCACGAUCAACCAGCAGGACCAUGACGGUCCAGAGAGAGAGCUUCGGCCUGACCCGCAGCACAGAGCCCGAGGUCUUCACCUUCGAGCGGAUCCCGGCUCAGGCCACCGCCGUGCGCUCCUACGUGCCGAUCCGGCCCAAGAAGCGCUGCACCCGGGUCAUGUACCCGGCCAAAGUCCGCAUGCACCUCCCGCCCCCGGAGAAGACGAGCCAGGCCAAGCGCUGGCUGCUGAUCCUGUGCCUGGUGGUGCUGUGGCAGAUCUACACCGAGGAGCCGUGCGCCGACGCGCCGCUCAGCAGCUCCGACAGCCCGGCCACCACCAGCCAGGGCUUCCCCUUCCAGUCCGCCGAGGAGCCGCAGCUCAGCGACGGCUCCGAGCUCCUGUCUGCCGCCCCGAGCAGCUGCCAGGACCCCGGGUACCUCAGCGACCACAUCCUGGCCAACACAUGCCCGCAGCCCGGCCAGGAGCCCGAGGCCAGCAGCUUCGAGCAGAGCGCCGGCAAGAGCAUGGUGGCCCUGCUGGUCUACCACAGGCUGGGCAGCGACAACUGAAGCCCGGACCAGGGGCACCUGCAGACCCGCACUAAUCCCUGCUCCCGGGAGCGGAAAUGAAAUGAACUGAGCCGGAGUGAACCAGAGCAGCGGGGCGUCCGGAGAGGCGCAGCCCGCCGCAGAGCUCCAUGAGCCGGCCAACCCCUGCCAGAGGUCCCCCUGAGACACAGGAGGACAGGCUGGAGGACAGAAAGAAAGAAAGAAAGAAAGAAAGAAAGAAAGAAAGAACUGUGAAUUCUUGUACAAACUGAAACUUGAACUCUAAAAAACUUGAACUCGUGUGUUUCACACAGACUUUCUGCACUAAACUGGAUGUUUUACAAGUUUAAUACUGAGAAACUAAAACAUGUCACUACUGUGGAGCUGAAACUCACACUAUCAUUUGUCUACAUGUCUUAUUUAGUUAUUUAUUCUAUUUGCUAUUUAUUGAUUAAUAAUUUAAUAAAAAAAUGUCUAAAUGAA